UUUGUUAGCCGGCAUCGAUGCAACAUCUCCUCCUCCGCACCGGCUUCAUAUCAUCACCAUCAUAGGACGGCGAUGCGAGCAGGGCUAUGGUAGCUCCACUUUUCGUUAGCACCCUAGAACAAAAGAUAUUUAUUUGAAAAAAAAACCGUUGGAAUCGGAUUUAGAAAAAGAAGAGCCAUGUUUCGGAGCAGCUUUCAAGAGGAGAGUUUGGCCAAAGACUCCAAACUACAGGCUGUUUUUACCAAACUGUCUGGAGUAUUGCCUAGGGCCGAAGAUUUUCAAGGCAAUACUAUCCCGAAAAUUAUGUCUUCAGAUAUAAUUGAGUCCGUUUUGGCCGACAGUCCUGUACCUGUUACGACAAAUAAUUGGUCCAACGAUCAAUUUUGCCACCCUCAUCAUAAUCAUCGCAAUCACCAUCAUCAGUCGCAGACCACGCCCCCUGGGGGCACCCUUCUCGAAGACGUCAUCGGUGACGAUAUCAUCAGUAACGCCGCCACCCUCACCAGGCGUUUAGAGCAAGAGCUGCGAGCGGCCAAGCGGAGUCAUUUAGCUUGCGGGGAGGUUUUGUUGCCGUGCGGGCUACUACAGAGGGUGGCUAGAGAUAUAGCUUCUAUGGCCGAGUCGGAGCCAUGUGGCUUGAGAGGUUGCCAUUUGUACGUGAUAUUCGAACCACAGGGUGGGUUGCCAACCACCCGCAUAGGAAAGAUUCAGUGCGACCCGGGUACUGCUUGUACUUUCGAGCUGUACUUAACUCUGAAACAAAGCUCCAACGGAUGGAAUUUCUUGCCACAGUUUAUAAGAAACCUUACUCGGGGUGGAACGGUGGUCUUAAGCCCGGCCUACAUGUUGAGCAAGAAGAAACUUUACAGAUCUCAUGCCGAUCAACCGCUGGUGGAAAAGUGAACGUCGCCCUCCAAGACUGAGCAUCGGCAAAUUGAAUAAGAAUCUCCCAAGCGUAAGCAAACAAACAAAAAAGUCCACAAAGAAUACGAACGAGAACAACAACAAUAUGUACGAAGGUUAGUUGUGGAAGUCUGUGGAAUUUUGCGUUUCCAUGUUAUUUGAAAACGUCCGUCGUUUGUCAUAGACGGGACUCGGUGUCAUAUAGUUUUUUUCGCUACCGGGUGAUGCGGAAAAUUGCUUCCUUCCCUUUUUUUGGACCGGGGUAAAUGGCGUAGAAAAAUGUAGAUUUAAAAAGAUGCCAGUGUCGCUCUCGGGACGGAUUUAUGUCUAAUGAGUUUUUUUGGCCGGACGAUAAAAUACACUGUUUGUUGUUAUAUUCUACGCGUUCAUUGGGGUGUGUAAUAACAUAUCUUGUAUUCUGGAUAUUAUAUAGUAUAUACUUAUAAUUUUCUCGAACUUUUUUACGUAUUUUUAUCUGCAAAAAUCAACUUUUCUAGAUGCGAAUAUCUUGUUUGCAUAAAAAAAAAAUUGGGUUUAAAAUUCAAUAAUUAUUUUAUAUUUUAAUAUAAUUAUCUUGUUUCUCGUUC